GCUUCUCCCUUCCUCGAUAGGACUGCCGUAACAGUUGGGGGGACAAAGCGAGAGAGAUCGAUGGAGCAAAUCGGCUUUCUCUCUCCGACAGGGAAGAGGCACGGAGAUCCUGACCUGGGUUCAGCACUCGGAUCCGCCAAGAGGGUAAAGACGCAUCAGCGCUCGCCUUUGUCUGUUCCGACGGGACACGCCGUGUUCCGUAUGCUGUGUCCCGUGUCUCAGGUUGGGUCUGUGAUCGGAAAGUCUGGGAGUGUGAUCAAGCAGCUUCAGCAAUCGACCGGAUCUAAGAUACGGGUCGAGGAAGCUCCGAACGAGUGCCCCUAUCGGGUCAUCACGGUAAUCGCCCAAGUGGGUUCGAAAUCGAGGGUAAAAUUGGGGGUUGGAGAAGAGACAGACGCUGAGGUUUCAAAAGCACAGGAGGCGUUGAUUAGGGUUUUCGAGGUUCUCGUCUUCGGCGAAGUAGGGAGUGGUACGGUCUCUUGCCGGUUGUUAGCGGAGGCGAGUCAUGCCAGUGCUGUGAUUGGUAAGGGUGGGAAAACGGUCGAGAAAAUAAGGAAGGAAACUGGGUGCAAGGUUUCGGUGUGGACGGAGAAUCUGCCUGCCUGUGCUGACCCUAAUGAGGAGAUGGUCGAGAUUGAAGGAACUGUAUUGGCUGUAAAGAAAGCUCUUCUGUCUGUCUCUUGCUGCCUUCAAGACUGUCAGCCGAUUAAUAGGACAAGAACAGCCGGAAACAGAUCUAUCGAUAGCAUUUUCCAGGAGACUUUGCAUAGACCUGCGGAUUCAAUUGUCCGGGAGGCUCUUCCAAGGCCCGUUGAAGUUACUUCUCAAGAUUUUAGGCUGGGAACAGUCAAUAUGUUGUCUCAGGGUACUCUGCUCCGGCCUAUCGAGGUGAUCCCUCGGGAUGCAUUGCAUAGACCCAUCAAUUUGUUUCCUAGAGAUACAUUAUACAGACCUACCAAUAUAGUUUCUGGAGAUUAUUUUAGCAUGCCUAGGGAGGUAGAUCCUCAUGAUGCAUUGCAGAGACCCGUUGAGCUGGUUCGACAUGAUGCCUUGGCUAGGCCUCCUCUCGAGUCAUUCCCACGAGAUGCUUUACUACGACGUGUUGAGGCAAUGCCACUAGAAAGUCAUCCUCAGCUAAGUGCAGUUUAUCUUUCCCACCGUAAUUCAGUUCUAGAUACGCCGCCGCCCCGUAGUAGUAUUGCCUCUCACUCUACUUUCGCUAAGACGCCUCCCCCAGAAACGAAAGUAAGACACCAAGAAGUGGUCUUUAAGAUCCUUUGCUCUACCGACAAUGCUGGUGGUGUUAUUGGGAAAGGGGGUAACAUUGUCAGGAUUAUUCAUAUCGAGACAGGUGCCUCCAUAAAUGUGGGAAAUACACUUCCUGACUGUGAUGAACGUCUAAUUGCGGUUACUGCAUCUGAGAACCCUGAAGAUCAAAACUCGCCAGCCCAGAAAGCUAUCAUCCUUGUUUUGUCUAGAUUAUUCGAUCUCGCUUCCCGGAAAGGCCUGGACAAUGGCUCAACGUCAUCUAUCACUGCACGGCUUGUGGUCCCAACGGAUUACAUUGGUUGUUUAUUGGGAAAAGGAGGCUCUAUAGUUUCGGAGAUGCGGAAAAAAACUGGGACUGUGAUACAAGUGUUGAAGGUUGAGCAGAAUCCAAAAUGUGUCACGGAGGGUGAUCAAGUUGUCCAGGUUUCAGGAGAGUUUCCAAAUGUGAAAGAUGCGGUUUACCACGUUACAAGCAGACUUCGUGACAAUCUUUUCUCCAACUCUAUGAAAAAUUCUGCAACCGAGGGCAAUGUAUCCAUAAUAACCGAGAGGAAUUCUCGUGGGAAAUCAGACGAUCCUGUUCUGAUGGGGUCUCAUCCAUCAUUUAGUCACUCCCUCACCAUGUCUACAAGUCUAUAUGGCAGAUAUGAUGACUCCCGUCUAAGCAGAUCUCAUCCACCAGUUAACUACUCCAAAACUAUUGGUACAGACCCAUACAUAAGACCGAAUGAUCCCUUUCCCGAUGGGUUUCACCCAUCAGCAGGUUAUUCUCCAAAGUUUGGGCGACAGUCCACUAUGGAUCACAUAAAUGGCCCCCAUUAUAUAGAUCAAACGCCCUCUCAUUCAUGGGCAUCACAGGAUGGCCCCCAUCAUAUGGAUCAAACGCCCUCUCAUUCAUGGGCAUCACAGCCGGUUACAGCUCCGAGAGGCUUGUCUGAUGCCAGUGGAGGAUUAUCUUCUAACAGAGCCGGCUUUGUACUCAGCGGUGGAAGCAAAUCUGCCGUUGUAACAAACACAACUGUGGAAAUUAGGGUUCCAGAGACCGCUAUGAAAUUUGUGUACGGAGAGGGUGGCCAAAAUCUGGAGCAACUGAGACAGAUAUCGGGGGCGAGAGUGAUAGUACAUGAACCUCAACAACAUAUAGGAACAAGUGAAAGUGAGAGGAUCAUUGUCAUGUCUGGGACACCUCAUCAAACCCAGGCUGCUCAGAACCUCCUCCAUGCCUUCAUCCUCACCGGUGAAUCAAGAAAACACUUACUCCCCCUUUAACUUAGGGAUCAACCAAACCCCCUCCUCUUGUUUUCACUCUUCACCUCACAAUAGUCUUACUUGGUAGCUCUCAUUAUCCGUUUCACGUUUCAUCUCUCUCUUUCUCCGGUUUGUGUCAGCCAAUCCCACGCCAUUCCGAUGUGGGAUUUUGGUUAUUUGUCUCUGUACCAUACGUUUUGUUUUUUUUUCCUUCUUAAAUCCCUGGAAUGAACACUGGUUUUAUGUCUUUUCUGAUGCUCUCUUGUUUUUAUCACAUUUCUAUGUGUUUGCAGUUCACAUACGCACAUUGAAAUUCCUUAACAAAUGCAACCCUUUUAUACAAUCUCUGGUAAUGGUACACACACAACGGUUGAAUGGUGAUGAGAUCCAUUGAUGAUAAACUUUAUACCCCUAAGUUUCGAAUUAUAGGUGAAAUUAGUAACAUAUAAUCCAGGGUCAAGUAAGCCGAAUGCCAUUUACACAAUUCGAGUUCUCUUAUAUAAACACAUGGUGGUUAAGGGUUGUAUGUUUUAACUUUCACUUUACGAUAAAAUGGUAAAUUUUGGUUAAUAACCGAAUAAUUAAACCAAACCCAACUGAAUAACAGGUAACAUUGAAUCUGAUAAAAAAAAAAAAAAAACAGA